UGCAAAACCGACUGCCACCGACGACGAGCUCGUUAUCAGGUGUGAGGACGCUGUCUGCUACUGCCGCUGUGCUCUCGCUCAAUUGCCUCCGUGCGGUCGAUCAACGCGAUGGGUCAGCACUGCUCAUGCUUGGAACACCCGCCCAAAUACCAGCGGAGGCAAUCCGACGACCUCGACUCGGUGGACAUGGAGCGAGGCGACGACGGCGACGACCAGGAGCUGGAAGUGUUAGUGGACGCACAGGAAUCCCACGAGCUGCUUGGUGCCAGACCAAGAACGAGUUCAGGCGGUAGAAGUAAUCAACGGAGCGUCUUAAAGCGAACUGGAUCGACUGUCGCUGCUGGACUCAUGGCAGACGCAAAUAGGAGAGAAGACGAGCGUAAAGAGGAGUCGGAAGAGCAGUGCAUGCGUCGCAGUCUUAGCAUGGGUCUCAUGGGGCUGGACGCAGACCACCGCCCGACACCAUCUCCUCGACCAGAAGAGCUGUCAAGGCUGCUGCGCUCUUAUCAAGAGGUCACUGGCGUGGUCGAUGAAGGCCAACUUGACCUCGAGUGCAUCAUGUGCUUGGAUACAUUUUCUGAGGUAGGGAUGUCUUAGAAAUUGCAUCUUGAGCUGAUCUAACUGUGCUGCAUGUUUUGAUUUCUAUAGAAUAAUCCGAAGGUUCGCACGCUGUGCAAUUGUGGCAUGAACCGCACCAACUUUCACAUGAGCUGUUUGCUCGAGUGGCUUAAUCGUGACGCGAAUUGCCCAGUUUGUCGCGAAUACCUCUUCUUCGAGGACUCAUAAUUAUACUUAACUAUUGUCCUUGAACGAAUGCUCGUACAAUGAGCGACCUCACUGGGUGUUCAAGCAAAAGAAGACGAGUACGAUCAAACGGUAGCCCCAUCCUCCCCCAGGGCGCUCGAGCUCUGUUGAUACCAAGCUUAUUCCGUAGUUGCAACCUGUCAAUUAUCGUCGCUUUCUGCAGCGACAGUUUUGCUUUCGGCCGAGCGCAUGAGACCUGCCAUACAGUAGGCACCGGAAACGUCCUGAAUAAUAACAUCAUGUAUUCUAUUUCUUGGGAAGCGU